AUGACUGAUGUAUUAUUUGAACCAAAUCCUCGAUUAAAAAAUAAAGCAUUAUUUACUGCCAAUGCAUUACUCAAUAUUGAAAAUAGAACAAUAAAAAUUAGUAUAAUUAAUGCAACCAAUCGACAACAAACGCUUUCCGAAGGAACCAAAUUAGGUAUAGUGACACAAGUCUCCUCUACAAUUGGUGUCACCAUACCAUCAAAUUAUUUAACAGAACGUAUUCCGGAAGGAAAAGCGUGUAAAGAGCUCAUUCCUGAAGGGAAAGGAGCGAAUGAAUCAAACAACUUAAGUUUUAAUAAUACUACAACAUUACAUGAGAAACAACAUCAAUGUCGUGAAUGUUAUCGAAAAUUUGAUACAGGCAAUGAAUUAUUUAAACAUCUUAGAAACAAAUGUUAUCCUGAAGAAAUUAGACAACAAAUAAAUAAAUUAACUGAACAUAUUAGUGAUGAUAAACAGCGAGAACAAACUUUAAAAAUUUUAUGGAAAUAUGGAAAAUUAUUUGACAUUAGAAGACCAUCAAAGAUUGAUAUUGUUUUAAAAAAUGCUAUCAAUACUGGUACACAUCGACCAAUUCACACUUCACCAUAUAGAAAAUCCAAUAAAGACCAAGAAAUCUUAAGGAAAGAAACAGAAAAAUUAUUAAAAAAUGGAAUUAUUGAACAUUCAACAUCUCCAUGGUCUUCACCAGUCGUAUUAGUAAAAAAGAAGGAUGGAACAACAAGAUUUUGCGUCGAUUAUCGUCGCUUAAACCAAAUUACAACAAAAGAUGCUUUUCCAUUACCAAGAAUUGAUGAUAUUUAUGACCAAUUAACAAAAGCAGCAUAUUUUACAAAAUUCGAUUUCAAAGCAGGUUAUUUUCAAGUACCAUUAGAUAAAUCAGAUCGACCAAAAACAGCAUUUUCAACUCGAGAUGGACAUUUUCAGUUCAAAGUAUUACCUCAAGGCCUUAGUAAUGGACCACCAACAUUCCAACGUAUUGUUAAUCAAAUAUUGGGUCCGAAUAGGUGGAAACAUGUACUCGCCUAUAUCGAUGAUAUUAUUAUUUACUCACAAAAUUUUAAUGAACAUUUAAAACACAUUGAAGAAGUAUACUCCUUAUUAAAGGAAGCAAAUUUUAAAUUAAAUGUUGAAAAAUGUGAAGUUGCAAGAACAGAAAUAUUAUUUCUUGGACAUGUAAUUAAAGCUGAUACUAUUAAAACUGAUCCAAAUAACAUUCAUGGCCUGACCUAUACAAGAGAACCAACAUCAGCUGAAGAAGCAUUUAGAUUCGUUAAAGCAGCAGAAUAUUAUAGAAAAUUUAUUCCAAAAUUUUCCACAAUUGCUGCACCAUUACAUAAAUAUUCUCCAGCAACAUUACAACAACAAAAGAAUAAUAAAAAAUAA